ACCUUAGGUACGACAAAAUUGUCUAAAUUUCAAAAUUAAAAAAGAUGUAUUCUGAAAUUUACUUUAAACUUAGAGUAUAGGUGGGUUGAGGUGCCACACCUCAUUUUGUCAACCUGAGGUGUAACAGAAAUGGAUAAUAUUGUCAGAUACAUUUUCUACUCAAUCUUGAUGAAUUUAGUUUAGGAUGAGUAUUAGCGAGAAAUUAAUCUGUCCAAACUAUUACAAUUCAUGUACUAUACUGUAACUAUUGGAUUAUACCUCAUAAUUAAAUAUUCAAAGUAUGCACAAUAUUCAUCAACAAAGUACAGAGCUUUACUAGAAGUUUCAAAUAAAAUUACACAUACUUAAAAUCUUUAAUUUACACCUUACUGAUCAACCUUCUAUCUACACCCACGACUAUACAACUAUAAGGACUGUAUAAGGUGUUGCCGAUGAUUAGCCUAAAGCCCUGUUGAUUUCUUUUCUAUUCUUGCAAUAUAUUAACUAGUGAGCUAAACAUUUAGUGGGAUAAAUAGUUCUAGUACAUGAUUUAACAUACAAGAAUAAUAAACAAUCAACAUGCAUGCUAGUUUUUUUGAACUAGUGCAAGUCAUAAGAAGAACUAUAUUAUGUCUUAGUUUUAAAAUAGAGAAGCUUUAAAAUAAAACUUCAUAAGUAGUAUACAUAUGUAACUCUGAAGGAUGAAUAGCUUGUUUCUCAUUUUCGUAAACAAUCAAUGUAUAAUAGGGUACAAUUACUGCAUGAAAUUUUUUAGGUUUUCUCUCAUAUGAAUUUUAUUUUAUUUAUGGACACUAUUUUAGAAAAAAUAUAUGAUGACAAUAAGGUUUUGCACAUUCAUAAUACAUCGUUACCUAGCCCAUCAGUUAACCAUUUACUAAUUUUGCCUCCCCUCAAAAUUGUAUCUCAAAAUACCAACAUUUUAGAAAAGAGAGUCGGAUACCUUCUACAUGGUUUUUAUUGAGGCUUACCUUAUUAGUUCUUUCAUCUUUCUCUCCGCUAGUUAUUAUUUGUUGGCCUAUCUCUCAAAACAUGACUUCCUGAACUUUUAAAAUAGAGAAGCUUUAAAUAAAAGUUCAUAAGUAGUAUACAUAUGUAACUCUGAAGAAUGAAUAACCUGUUUCUCAUUUUAGUAAGCAAUCAAUGUAUAAUAGGGCACAAUUACUACAUGAAAUUUUUUAGGUUUUCUCUCAUAUAAUUUUUAUUUUAUUCAUGGACUCUAUUUUAGAAAAAUUAUAUGAUAACUAUAAGUUUUUGCACAUUCAUAAUACAUCAUUGCCUAGCCCAUCAGUUAACCAUUUACUAAUUUUUCCUCCCUUCAAUAUUGUAUCUCAAAAUACCAACAUUUUAAAAAAGAGAUUCGGGUACCUUCUACAUGGUUUUUACUAAGGCUUACCUUAUUAGAUCUUUCAUCUCCCUCCGCUAGUUAUUAUUUGAUGGCCUAUCUCUUAUAACAUGACUUCAUGAACUUGUAUUAUCAAUGGUAUUUUUUUUAUCUACAUUGACUCAUUUAGUAAGAAUGUAUUACUUAUAACAGUCAGACUAUCAAAACAAAUAUCAAGAAUAUAAAGUGGCAUGAAAUAAUUGUCAUAAAAUCUGAGACAUCAGACAUAAGAUAAAUCUUUUAUGAACAGAUAAUUAUAAGCAUGCAGUUUUUAUUAUUACUAUUUUUUUUAUGUGUUCAAGAUGAAGAAAUUUUAUAUAAAUUAGAUCACGAAUUUCUUGCUUCCUAUACCAGAGAUUGAGUAUGUUUCCAAAACAAUUGGGUUCUCUCUUCGACACGCUUCCAUAUCUUCGCUCCUCAGAAGUCUCGACCUUGCAUAAACUAUCUUACAAUGAUGAUUUCAUUGAUUUAAAAUGUUUUCUGAAUAUCACAUUUUUAAUUAAACACAAAAUAAUCUUAAUAAUUUGUUACCUCAAAAUAUUUCUCCCAUUCAAGUCUCUUAUCGUAGAACACGAGUUGAACACGAUUGAAACUUCCUUAUCUAGCCUCUCCUAAUCUGCUUCCUUUCCUUUCUUGUCUUCUUCUUUUCCUUUCCUUUUUUUCCCCUUUUUUUCUUCUUUUUUUUUUUCAGCUGAUGCAGCUCCUGCCCAUCCAAAUGAUGUUGUCUGCUACAAUAGCCGAGGCUGCUAAAGUAGCUCCAGCAGCCCUCUAGUCGCAGCAUGUUGCUUCCGCCUUCUUCUGCUCACAGCAUUUCAAGACCGCUGCUGCUUCUUUCAAUUGCAACAGCUUUCUCGAAUGAUUCAGAAAAUUGUAGGGUAACAGGCGAUAGGGUUGAUGAGUCACAGUCAUUGCCUGAAUCACUUUGCAGAUCUCCAACUUCUGAUAGCUUGAAAUCUGAGGAAUCCAUUAAGGAUAUUGUUCCUGACAAUUGGCUACGACAGCUUUUUGCAGAGCUAGAGAAGCAAGGAAUUUCUUUACCUGAAAGGUUUAAUGAGGAUGAACUCCAUAGGUUCUAUACUGCUGCAAAUGGUGACCUUGCAUGCUUGGUAUCAUCACUAAAGAAGACCAUUCGAUGGAGGGAGUCUUACAAUAUACUCUCAUCACAAGAACUUGAAGUAUGGUCACAUUUGGUUUUUUGGCAUGGAUUUGAUGUGAUGAUGCGGCCCUGCCUAGUCAUUCGCCUUGGACUUGCAUGCUCUACUUUGGCUCCGCAUGAUAGACCACGCUUUGCUCAAGCUGUUGUUUCUCAGAUUGACCUUGGUGUAUUGAAUUUGACUGAUGAAAAAGAUUCGCAAAUUACAGUCUUGAUGGAUUGUGAUGGUUUAUCUCCAUUUAGAUUUCCCAUGAAUAUGAUGAGAUCAUGUGCUAUUCUUGUACAAGAUCACUAUCCUAAUCGAUUAGGAACUUUAUUCAUAUUAAGACUACCUCCACUUGUCCGAGUUCUCACCCAGACUUUUAUUCAGAUUCUGAGGCCUGCAACACGAGAAAAAUUGCGGAUUCUUGGAAAAAAGAAUCAGAAGUUUCUUUCUGAAUUUCUUAGAACAGUACCAGCAUUUCUUGGAAGUGAUUGUGAAUGCUCAAGGUGCAGAAUGCUAUCAGCAAAUAAUUCCUCUGGUCUUACUCAGGAGAUCAGCGAAGGUGAAUCCAGUGGAAAUGUGGAUAAUGAUGCUUUCGAUACAAAUGAUUUACCAUCCACCGAACUUCCAUUCAUCAGUGGCUGUGAUCAUAUUUUAAGAACUGCCAUCUUAGCCAUCCUUAUGAUGUGGGUUGUCAUCGCCUUUUUCUCUGCGAUGCAUAAUACAGAUUCUCUCUCAUCUUUCUUAUGAUAACUACCAUAUCUGCUUUAGCCAUUUUGAAUCUUUAUUUGCAUUUUCAGUGGAAAAAAUCAUUUAUUAUUACAUCGAAGGAUAAGCUUUAAGUAAUAAAUUUUUAAUAAUAUGAGUACAGUUUGUGACUGUCUGCUGACUUGUGGAGAAAUUCUCUCUUGUUAAUUGCUAUUAUUGUGAAGAUUAUGUUGGUACAGACUAUCAUUUUAUGUUCUAUGGAAUGAAGGUGGUCAUGUAUUAAACUUGUGUAGAAUAUGCUCGUUUUGUGUAUCAACAAGUUAAUGGGUAUUUAAUAA